UUUCACCCCUGGUCAGCCUGUAUUUCUCCAUGAAAUGUUCAAUACUGAGAUGGUCCAAGGGGUUCAUGAUCACACAGUUAGACAAAGAACUUGGCUUCUUUGGUUACUGCAAUUCUCUGCCAUUGCUGGUAGUGAGGGGUGAUUCACCUUUCCAGUUUAAAGAAGGCAUAUAAAUAUUGGACUUCUGUUCUAUUAUGCAUUGCAAGAAAAAUAUAAAGCACCUAAUUUCUAAUAGUAUUUACUGCUUGUGAAUAUCCGUGAACAAGAUUACAGCACAAUUACAAUGACUUCUACUGUACUUAAUAUUAUUAUGGAUUGACAGACAAUGCAAUGCAAAGUUUUUAGAUAUGGUGACAUGAGUUUUAAAAAGUCUGUGAAGUUUUCACUGCGAACAAAAUUGCAAUUGAAAUAACUUUUUUUUAAGUUACAUUAUAUACCUCGAGUAUAGAAAAUGGUAUCGAAUCUGAAUAUUCUUUUUUGGUCUUGCGAGUUUGAAAUGUUGGUAUCAUGACAACAAUGACAUGAACUAUCUGCCUCACUCAUUGGACUCACCGGAAAUUGCUGGGCUGGACUGGUGAAGAUAGCUGACAGCAUGCUGUAAAGUUUUACAGCUAUUUAUUCUGAAAACUUACCUGUUGAUUACGGUUCAAAGUUUGCAGUACCUCUUUCCUUGAAGGUUAGUGUCUUCUUUUAGUUGAUUUAUGUUUUUUUCUCAUAACUGGAUAAAGUUAUAUUAAAGCUUAGUUUAUCAAUCCUUCAUGUUCUGUUUUAUGUCAUAUCAAGCGCAAAUUCUGCAUAUUCAGACUUUAACCAGGUGUCGAGCUCGGUUGGAAUAUUAGACAAUCUCAAUCUCAAGCACCAGUGCUGAGGGGACAAUCAAUGCUGGUCGUGUGGUAAAAACAAUGAGACAGAUGUCGUAUUGUAGUCUUUUCUUAUUAUGCACAAAGCAGACACUUGGCAACUUCCUUUUAUAGGAGUGUGGGUGUUUGUGUGUGGUUCUGAAAUAAAAAUGCGUAACAUACUGUAUUAUUUAGAUAUUAUCAAACAAUCAAUAUAUUAUAUGCAAUAUAAAUGUUUCAAUGCCAUAAUGCUUUUACAGGUAACUUUAGUAGUGCAUACAACUUCACUAGACAGUGGAAUAACAGGAAUAUUCCUUGCAUUACUACUGUUGGCUGUAAGGGGGGUCAAUCUACAAAAGAAGUACGUACCACAAUUAGUCAAUACUUUUAACACAGGUUAGACUAAUACUAACAUGAUUUGUUGAUGAAAUAACGUCUUUUGCAGGAGACACCACAUAACAGUAGGGCUGUAUAUAAUGUGUUAUCAACAAUAGAAGAACAUAAUAAUGCUAACUGGAUUUAUAUGGAUUGCUGUUAAGGCACAUGGCCAACGAAUUACUAUCGCACUAACAAACAAUAGGUGUAACGAAAACAGCAAGUAACAGUUUUAACCCUUUCAACCCUAUCCAUUUUUGAGUGUUUUUCUAUCUCUUUGUUAGCCUUAUUACAUGGCAUGUACAUGAGUUAGUCACACAUGCUUUAUGUUUUUGUUUUCAGGACAUUUUGAGCAACUCAGAUAUGUCAUAUUUUGAUGACAAUGUCUUGACAUCAUCCUUUUUAUGAGAAAAAAAUACUUGUGCCUAUUGAAAUUUCUGAGAUGUUCGUCUCAUCUAAUAUAAAAAUUUGCAGGCAUUUACAAAUUGUAAGGAAAAGUAGUAAAGAUGUCCCAAUGUUCUUGGUUGAUCGUCUGAAUACAGACAGUGUUAGAAAUUCAUUAUCAUAGAGGAAGUCAGGGAUAGAAUGGGGGUUCCAGUCGGCAUCACUAGGGUGACAAGGAAGUAAUUGAAUUAUAAUCAUCAGAAAUUCUCCAUCCUGUCCUGCCCCAUCCCCAUCCCCGCCACAGGCAACUCAUAGUCCAUUAGGUCACUCUUUAUAUGUAAAUUCACUCACAACAUCUACACACAGUACCUUGUUAGGGAGGGUCUUUUGGGGUAUAAAGGGGGGUGAAGAACUGCCCUUAAUUUGUAUUUGAGCUGCCUUUCAGUACCCGGUGUAUGUCUACACUGUAUUACAUUAUAUUAUUUUUACUGUUCAAUAAACCACCGUUUUGCUGAAACUGCGGAGACUCUGCAAGUGGAUUCCGUAUAUCUUUUUGGCGUGCCAGCCAAGAGAAGGGGCUAACAACUGGAAGAGUGACCUGGGAACUUUUUUUGGCUGAUAUUUUCCUCAAGAAGAGACAAGAUUGCUUCACCUUAGAGAGAAGACUGACCAGAAAACUUCAUUCCAGACGUGCCACCUUCGUCUGCGAACUGAACAACCCAGAAAGAAUCAUACUUGCAGAAAAGGUGUUUUUCUUUCUUUUAAGCGACCACUACAACACCAUGAAAAUGACUGAAGAGCCGCCUUCAGACAGUGUCUAUGCCUACGCCUUGUCCAAAACCCUCAGCAGGGUCCCCGCCCCAGCCACCGUGGGCCUGUACUCAUCCUGCCACAGUCGCAUCCACAUGGUACUCAAGAGCAUAGAGAGUCAAAUGACGAAAGAAGCUCAAGAGAAUGAACAUCAGAACCACAGGCAAUCUGUAGCUGAUUUAUUCAAAGUUAUAUUCAGGUUGCUCUUCUAUCAACCAGUGGACAGACUGGACACAAAGGGAAAUCAGAGGCCGAAGCCUGCGCGGUACAUAUUCGUGAGGUUUAGUGCCUGGCACUUUGCUGGCAGCGACAUACUGUGGGCUGCUCUGGUGAUGCGGCUGUAUGAAGCCUUUCAUGAGAACUUUGGUAAGUUCCUCCUGAGCCUAUACCGUGUAACUCAAUACACAACACCGAUGAACAGGAUAGUGAGUAGAUGUGGUACCUUGGAGUGGAGGUCAAAGAAGUGCUGCUGCAUUCCUUUAUGGCUCUUCACACUUUUUGUACUCCUGGGGAUCCUGGUAGGAUUCCCAUUGAUAUUUUGUUUCUCUAAAGAGCACAUGGAUGCACAAGAUAGCAAUAUAGAGUUACACACGAUUCAAAGCUUUUUAAUUGGAAUUAUUGGACUCCCUGCCACCUACGUCAUAAGCUCUGUGUUUCUUAUUGUGAAAAACAUUUUCUACAACCAGUAUGUUAACAUCAAGAAGAUGAUGGACAAUGAGAAAGUGAGUAGCCAGCUGGGAUUUAUGAAUGAGGUGAAGAAAGAAAUGGAGAUCCUUUCCUAUUUCAUCAGUUUCAUGGAGACCUUUGAGAAAAAGAAGAUACGAGUGGUGCUGGAGAUUACCCACCUGGACCGAUGCAAUCCAAGGAGGAUUGUCGGCGUGCUUGAUGCCAUCAACAUCUUACUUUCGGAUGAAGGCAGUCCAUUUAUUUCCAUGCUUGCUGUCAAUCCAGAAGUUCUUGCUGAACAACUGAAUUAUGCAGAAAGUUGUUUUAGUAAAGAAGACCGAGCUCAUUCCUUCUUGAACCGUCUUGUGACGUUAGCUUUCACUAUACCUGAGCUGUGUGAUUCUUCCAAGCGAAAUAUCAUAAAAAGGAUUUCCUCAGGACACUUGGAGCUUCCAGAUGACAUUGAAGAUAAACCACUGUCCUCUUCCUUUGAGAAAUAUUCAGAGGAAUGCCAUGUUAUUUUAACUGAGAGAAAAGACCCAGAAAUUAAUUUGAAUGAGAAAGAUACUGAGAACCUAAUAGAAUCGGUUUUUCAGUGUAUCCGUGAUAAAUGUAUUUUCCGUAAGUAUAUUAUGGGAGACACUAUGUCUAUAAGAAGAAUAAUUACCUCUGUUAGAAUGUCAAUCAUCAUUAUGAAGACUUUGGGACACGACUUGCCCUCCGCAGAGCACACGGCCGCUUGGGUGGUUCUAGCUAAUCAGUGGCCAUGUCGGCUGAGCUGGAUCCUCCAGUGCAUGGAGGAUGACAAACAGAACGCCGAAAUAAACCAACAAAGCUUUGAUACCUCGAAAACUUUAUGGCAGGUCUUCAGUGAAUCCAGGGUGGAGCUGUACAUGAUCAGAGACAGGGUCCGUCCUCUCUUGGAACAAGAUGGUGACCCUGAAUUGUUUGAAAUGUUUCUGAAGGUUAAUUUUACAUUCACCAUCAACGAUGCAAACAGGUUGAAAUUGUCCACUGUGAACCUGGACCACUCCAUCCAAAGGCAGCUGGCUAGGAUCAAGGGAAUGUCCAGUCUGAAAGACACAGUUAGCCAAAAAACACCCAUACCACUGCCAGUCAAGGCCGUCAUCAACAUGAGCAUGGAGGACAUCUGUGGGGAGCUGAAGAAACUGAAGCUUCCUGACCUCUAUGUUGAACGGGUGCAGAAGAACAUGCUGGAUGGGUGUGCACUGGUCUACAGUGAUAACAGUGAGAUCCAGAAGAUGCUGGAGAUGCCCCUGGGACAUUGGACAGCCUUUGCCAUCCACUUCCUGGGUGUUACCCCACCUGCCCCUUCCUGCCUGAUUGCAGGUGAAGACAAAGCAGAUGUAGCAUCACCAAAAAGUCACAUUUCCAUAUGUAGUGAAUCAAGUCACAUUUAUAGAAGCUAGGAGCUGUAAACAAAGACAGCACUUUCAUCCAUUUCAUAUGUAUAGUUUUAAUGUGCAGUUUCACAACAGUUUGCAUCUUCAGUGUAUAUUUGCUGUAACCUUGUUCUUCACAGAGCUCGUUAUUGUUAAACUGAAUAUCCCAGAUAUAGAAACAAUAUGAUAGACUGAAAAAGUAAACAAUAAAUAUUACAAAUGGACCAAAAAUCACAAAAAAAUUUUGAAUGAAUUAAUGUAACUUGUAGCCCAACCUCCUGAAUAUGAUUAGAGGGUUGAACAGUAAAAGUAUUUAUAUAA